CUCCUCCUCCUCAGAGGCUGCUGGGAAUGGGAGGAGGAGGAGGAGGGAAGGCUGCACCAGGAAGCAAGGCCUGUCCCUCUCCUCGUAGUCCCUGAGGAGGAGGCGCGGGGCCUGCGGGGGACGAUGAUGUUUCCCUCCGGCGGGGACCCCUCUCCGCUCUCCUCCUCCUCCUCCUCCUCUUCCCCGCCGCACCAGCUGCUGGGGCGCCUGCGCUUCCUGAGCGAGGCCAUCGGCUGCCUGAGGCGAGCGGGGCCCCUGCCGCCCUCCCUGGCCUUCGUCCCCCGCGAGGUCCAGUACAAGCUCUGCAAGGACCCCAGCGCCCCCCCGGGACCCGCCUCGGCCCUCGGCCGCAGCCUCCUCUCCGUCUGGGAGAGCCCCGGCGCCGGCAGCCUCAGGGCGAAGGGCCCCGGAGCAGGAGCAGCAGCAGGAGCAGGAGGAGGCGGCGGGAGGGUGGCCAUCGAGCUCCGCAAGGGCGCCUGCGUCCGGGCCAGCGGAGAGGAGUACUGCAACGGACAGGGCCUCUGGGUCAAGCUCAGCAGGGAACAGCUUGAAGAAUAUAAAACUGGCUAUGAUCUGGAGGAAGGCUGGAUACUUAUGUGUAAACAUGCGGAUGGCGGAGACAGGCUGGUGCCAGUAGAAUCUAUGGAGAGAAUUCAGAGGCAGCAGCAACUUUUUGGGAUGGACUACAAACCUGUGAUCAGGUGGGAGCAGGUUGUGGAUUUAACAUAUUCCUUGCGUCUUGGGGCAAAGCCAAAAAUCAUGGAGCCAGAUGUAGCAGCAGUAGAGAGACUCCGGUUUGUGCCCCCUACGUGGAGCUAUGAAUGCGAUGAGGACCUAGUGCAUUUCCUUUAUGACCACAUUGGAAAGGAGGAUGAGAAUCUGGGCAGCGUCAAGCAAUAUGUGGACAGUAUUGACGUCUCGUCCUAUAUGGAAGAAUUCAAUGUUUCUUGCCUGACAGACAACCAUGCCGACACCUACUGGGAGAGUGAUGGGUCUCAGGGACAGCACUGGGUCCGUCUCAAUAUGAAGAAAGGAACCAUUAUCAAGAAACUGUUCUUGACAGUGGACACAACAGAUGAGAAUUUCAUGCCCAAGAGAGUGGCUGUAUAUGGUGGUGAGGGUGAUAAUCUGAAGAAGCUGAGUGACGUGGGCAUUGAUGAGAGCUACAUCGGGGAUGUGUGUGUGCUCGAAGACAUGACCGCUCACUUGCCUAUCAUUGAAAUCCGCAUUGUGGAAUGCAGAGAUGAUGGGAUUGAUGUCCGGCUCCGGGGCAUAAAGAUCAAGUCUUCACGGCAACGGGAAUUGGGACUGAACGCAGAUAUGUUUCAGCCAGCCAACCUAGUGAGAUAUCCUCGUCUGGAGGGGAGAGACCCUGACAUGCUCUACCGACGUGCUGUCAUAAUCCAGAGGUUUAUCAAGAUCUUAGACAGUGUUCUUCAUCACCUUGUUCCUGCCUGGGACUAUACACUAGGCACCUUCAGUAAACUCAAGCACAUAAAGCAGUUCCUGUUGUUGUCUAAGCGACGCACAAUGCUAAUCACCCAGUGUCUCAAGGACUCUGAGACUAGCAAGCCCAACUUCAUGCCACGGCUUUACAUCAACCGACGGCUGGCCAUGGAGCAUCGUGACAAUCCAACACUUGAUCCCACCUGCAAAAACACUGUGUUCACCCAGGUAUAUGAGGGCCUGAAACCUUCAGACAAGUAUGAAAAGCCAUUGGAUUAUAGGUGGCCACUGCGUUAUGACCAGUGGUGGGAAUGUAAAUUCAUCGCUGAGGGCAUCAUUGAUCAGGGUGGUGGUUUCCGGGAUAGCAUCGCUGAUAUGUCUGAAGAGCUAUGUCCCAGUUCAUCUGAGACCCCUGUGCCACUGCCCUUUUUUGUUCGCACAUCCAACCAGGGCAGCGGUACAGGAGAGGCUCGAGACAUGUAUGUCCCCAACCCAUCCUGCAAAGAGUUCACCAAAUAUGAGUGGAUUGGACAAAUCAUGGGUGCAGCUCUUCGUGGCAAGGAAUUCCUAGUUCUAGCCUUGCCUGGCUUUGUCUGGAAACAACUGACAGGGGAGGAAGUGAGCUGGAGUAAAGAUUUCCCUGCUAUUGACUCUGUAUUGGUGAAGCUUUUGGAGAUGAUGGAAGGGAUGGACAAAGAUACAUUCGAGUUCAAGUUUGGGAAUGAGCUGACCUACACCACAGUACUGAGCGACCAGCGCAUGGUUGAGCUUAUCCCUGGUGGCACUCGCACAGUGGUACACUAUGAAGACCGCAUGGAUUUCAUCCGCCUGGUACAGAAGGCACGGUUGAAUGAGAGCAAAGAGCAGAUUGCAGCCAUGCAGGCUGGACUUCUCAAGGUAGUACCUCAAGCUGUUUUGGAUCUGCUCACAUGGCAGGAACUGGAGAAGAAGGUCUGUGGUGACCCUGAAGUUACGGUUGAGGCCCUGAAGAAACUCACACGUUUUGAGGAUUUUGAACCAUCAGAUACGAGAAUACAGUAUUUCUGGGAAGCCUUGAACAACUUUACUAAUGAGGAUCGCAGUCGCUUCCUGAGGUUUGUUACUGGGAGAAGCCGGCUUCCUGCUCGAAUUUAUAUCUAUCCUGACAAAUUAGGCUCUGAGACCACUGAUGCACUUCCUGAAUCAUCUACCUGCUCCAGCACACUCUUUUUGCCCAACUACGCCUCUGCCAAGGUCUGUGAAGAAAAGUUGCGUUAUGCAGCAUAUAACUGUGUGGCUAUUGACACAGAUAUGAGCCCAUGGGAAGAAUGACACCAAAUGGGAGACUUUCCAGCCCAUUCUUCUGCCUUUUGUAGCUGCUAUGUGCAAGAAUCUCAUACUGGCUGUUUACUAUGUCCCAAGCUCCAGAAAGCAUGUGUAUAUAUACAGUAAAUUAAAGGCUGCACGGUACUGAAGAGCAAGUGGAAGUGUCUAAGAUUUUAGAACAGCAAGUCAGAUGAAAUGAAAAUGAUAAAAAAUACUUUUUCUGACAGAUUGGAUAAUUAGAUAUAUGAUUCCAAAACUCAAUAAUUAUAGCUUUUUUUCCUUUGGGGGGGAAAAAAACUCUUAACAACAGAUGAGGACUAGCGGUAAUUACAUUUUGACUGACUUUAAAAAAAAAAUACUGUCAA